AUGACAUCUCCUACUUCCAAGAAGACUGUACGAUUGGCCUCAUUGCUCAAUGGUUCACAAUCACGAAAGGAGGAAAACGCUCAGAAGAUUCAGCCGGACGUUUCUGCGGACGAUUUUUUAGACAGUAUAGAAGAGACCACCAUUAUAGACUCUGAUCACCAUUGGAUCACGAGCGGUUCGUCACCUUUGAAAAUGGUUUCAGAGGACAAUUCAGUCAACUAUCAAAAUACGAAGAGCAGUGAUUGUGAAAUUGUGCAAGAAGUACAAGUUCCCAAAGUGUCACUAAAGCAGCUUUUGACAGGCAACGUCAACUCCAGCAAAGCCAAAAAGUCUGCUAGUGAUGUGGCCUCUGAAGAAAUAGAGGUUGUACACGCCAACGACCCUGAGAAGAAUCGGGAAACACACGAUCGAAUCAUGUCAGCGUUAGGCAGUGCCAAGAAAACCUCGGUCAAGGACCUAUUUAACAAUUUUCAGAAGCGACCACGAUAUGUAGAAGAGCGCGGGCCGGGCUCGGAUAACGAGGUGGGUGAACUUGUGAAGCGAAUGCAUGAAGUCUCCACGCUUGAGGUACUAGAAACCCCUUUGCCGCACAUCCAGAGCAUCACAGAUUCAGAGGAUAAGGUGCUGCAUCGACACUUGGGCCUAAAAAGAAAAACAACACGUUCAACUCCAAGACUGAACUUUCCUCCAGAUCAAUAUCGUUCCCUUACCCAAUUGACGCAAGAACCACAAAGCAAAACAGUGAUAUUACAACAAAAUAACAAGACAGUAAAUGACACAAUUUGGACCAAUGAAUUCGAACCGGAGAAGCCUGAAAACGUCAUUUUGGAGGAUGGCCUUAAACGCCAGGUAGAAUCGUGGUUCGCAAAAGCUUUUGAAAAACUGCGAAGAAGGACCACCAGGGAAAAGCUACUCAAAAAAAAGGUAGAUUCUGGAGAAAUGGAUUGGUUUGUUGUCGAUGACGAGAUUGACGACACAAAGGAUCAAUUGGAAGAAUUUGUUCCUCUGAUGAUUUUGUUUGGCGAAGCAGUGGGGAAAAAUACACUCGUGAAGACCAUAAUGAAUGGCUUGUGUGGUCAAAUUUUCGAGAUCAAUAGUUCGGGAAACAGAAGUAAGAAAGAUUUCAUAGACAGCGUUUUGGAUUUUUCCACAACACACUACGUCAAGGACAAGGGAUCUAAAGGUAUAAUUUUGUUUGAUGAUGCAGAUGUAUUAUUUCGAGAGCGUGAUAAGUUGUUUUGGAUCACCGUAGAGAGGCUUUUAGUGACAUCACGAAGGCCAGUGGUUUUGAUAUGCCGAGAUAUUAACUUUAUUCCUUUCAACAUCAUCCAAGUGGCGGAGGAGGAAAAUUCGCUUUUUCAUGCCCAAUGUAUCGAUAUACCCAAGGCGGUGUCGCAAUUAGAAAACUUCCUUGAGUCUAAAAAAGUAAACUUUGUUCCUGGGAUGGUUAGUAAAUUGUUAAAAGAUAAUGAUAACGACGUAAGAAAGUGCCUACUAGCAUUACAGUGGAGAUCAGUCAAUAACAACGAGCCAUCGGGAAAUCGACCAACAGUUUCACGUAAAUUUCAGACUGAAGCAAACUUACAGACAAUGGCGUUCGGUACAGGACUCUUAUCCGCGGCAGACAUAGUCCACAAUAGCAUCAGAUGGAAAUCAAGUAUCCGGCAGGACAAAGACCACACCUUCAAUUACGUGUUUCACUCGAAGGAGUUCACGGCACUUUCUGAUGAACAAAGACUUGCAUUCGACUAUAUGGUCGACUAUAAACAACAUUUGCAUGACUGCCUAAAAACCCCACGGUUGCAAUUUGAAACGAGUGUAGCUCAUUAUCUGAUGAGCACAAUAUGUGACGCACACUCCCAAGUGGACAAUGAUGUGAAGCCAUAUGUUGAGAAGGCUACUCAAGAAACAGCAAAUUAUCUAAGCAGCCGCGUGCCAGAUAAAAUCUCUCUUAACAGCGACCAAUAUGCAUCAGCCCGCAUGACUAGAAACUCUCGUAAGGUGAAAGAAAUCUUGGAUCGAUUUUCGAAAAACAACGUCGAAGAUUUGUCACCCUUUGACGAAGUUUUCAUGUGUCUAACCUCGGUCAUGACAAGGCACCAAAUAACCCAAGAAGUUAUUCCUUUCGUUUGUGAGGUGGCCAAGCAUGAUAGACUGCUGAAAAAGAGAAACAAACAAAUUUUUGAAAAUGCAAUGAAUGACGCUGAUCCAGGGAGUGGCAGUGAUGUAGUAAAAACACUACUACAAAAUCAUGCUUUUCACCCAAUAUGGUUUAAUGGCGAACCUGAUUUUCUACUAAACGCGUGGGGGUGCCAUAUGGACAUUAGUCAAAGUAAUGAAUGA